AUGAACGGUGCUUCUAGUAGCUUACGAACUGCUUUCUCCUACUGUGCACAACAAGUGUGGAGUUAUGAUUACCAUCACUAUCUCUGCCUCCUUGAACUUCCUCCUAACAUCCGGAAGGCUGCAUUCGCACUCCGUGCCUUCAAUGUGGAAACUGCCAGAGCUAUGGAUGUUGCUUCAGAUCCCAGGAUUGGUCUUAUGCGCCUUCUCUGGUGGCAAGAAGCUAUAGAUAAGAUCUAUGCUAACAAAGUAAUUGAGCACCCAACAGCUCAGGCUCUCUCAUCUGUGAUAUCUGAGAAUAGAAUUAGCAAGGGCUGGCUGAAAAGGCCCGUUGAAGCUCGGAUUAAUGAUGCGAGGAGAGAGGUUACUGACAUCCCAGAAACAAUAGAAGAGUUGGAAAAAUAUGCAGAGGACACUGUAUCAACCCUUUUUUAUAUGACUCUUCAAGCUGGCGGUAUCAGGUCCACUGCAGCUGAUCAUGCAGCAUCACAUGUUGGUAAGGCCAGUGGCCUUCUUUUGCUACUUAGGUCACUGCCAUAUCAUGCUAGUCGCAACCGACACUUUUGUUAUAUACCAACUGAAGUGGCAGCCAAACAUGGGCUGCUGGUUAAGGAGGGAGGUCGAUUUGAAAUCCUCCUGGAUUCACGUGAGAGUUUAUGUAAUGCUGUAUUUGAUAUGGCAUCAGUAGCUAAUGUCCAUUUGCAGAAGGCUCGUUCAUUAGCUGUAACAGUCCCCACUGAGGCUCGUUCAGUGCUUCUGCCAGCUGUGCCUGCCCAAGUUCUCUUGGACACCCUGAGUCAGGUACAUUAUGACCUGUUUGAUCCUAGGUUAGCACGAGGAGUUCUGGGUAUUUCUCCUUUAUGGUACCAGUUGAAGCUAAGGUGGUCUUCGUGGAGGGGGAAAUACUGA